ACACCUAUUUUUCCCAACUAUUCAUUCUUAUCCUUAAAACGGAUUUGAAGUUGAAGGUCAAAAGAAAAUGGCUUACUACCAGAAUGACUAUAAAAAGAAUGAUGAAGUGGAGUUUGUCCGAACUGGCUAUGGAAAGGAUAUGGUAAAAAUUCUCCAUAUUAAACGAGAUGGAAAAUAUCACACUAUUAAGCAGGUGGCAACAUCAGUUCAACUUACUCUGAGCUCCAAGAAAGAUUACCUGUAUGGAGAUAAUUCAGACAUAAUUCCUACUGAUACCAUCAAGAACACCGUUCAUGUCUUGGCAAAAUUAAAAGGGAUCAAAAACAUAGAAGUCUUUGCUCUGAAUAUCUGUGAGCAUUUCCUUUCUUCUUUUAGCCAUGUCACCCGAGCUCACGUUUGUGUAGAAGAGGUCCCUUGGAAACGUUUUGAAAAGAACGGAAUUAAGCAUGUCCAUGCAUUUAUUCACACUCCCACUGGAACGCACUUCUGUGAGGUUGAACAGAUGAGGAAUGGCUCUCCAGUCAUUCAUUCUGGAAUCAAAGACCUCAAGGUCUUGAAAACAACCCAGUCUGGAUUUGAAGGAUUCAUCAAAGAUCAGUUCACUACUCUUCCUGAGGUGAAGGACCGGUGUUUUGCCACCCAGGUGUACUGCAAGUGGCGUUACAGGAUCAGAGAUGUGGACUUUGAGGCUGCCUGGGCCACUGUUCGGGAUCUGAUCCUGGAGAAAUUUGCUGGUCCCUAUGACAAAGGAGAGUACUCACCCUCAGUCCAAAAGACCCUCUACGAUAUUCAGGUGCUCUGCUUGAGCCAAAUUCCUGAGAUAGAAGACAUGGAAAUCAGCCUUCCUAACAUUCAUUACUUUAACAUAGACAUGUCCAAGAUGGGACUGAUCAACAAGGAAGAGGUCUUGUUACCAUUAGACAACCCAUUUGGCAAAAUUACUGGUACGGUCAAGAGGAAGUUGGCUUCAAGGCUGUGACGUUGUUGACACCAGUAGGAGUUUAAGGGAUUCUUUAUGCCAUUUGUAAUGCUGGAAAUCAUAAUAAAUUUUCAACCUAGUAUGUUGAUUUAUAGAAUCCAUUUCCCUCCUGUAUAGAAGAAUUUCUUUUAUGCCUAUCCCAGCAAGAUCUUUUGUGUUUAGGAAUCAUUGUAGCAUGAUUUGUGGAUACAGUUUACUUCACAAAUGCUGAAAAGUACCAAAAUUAUGAUAAAUAUUUUGUUGUAGAUGUCUUGUGCAUUCUUAUCCAAGGAAAGUUUUAGAAUCAAUCCAUAAAAA